AUGGUUCUUGAUAGCACUUCUUCAAUGAUUCAACCUGAUUAUGAUCGUAAAGCUGAACUAAUAGCAUUCGAUGAAACCAAAACCGGUGUCAAAGGACUUGUUGAUGCAGGGAUCACAGAAGUCCCACGCAUAUUUCUCAUACCUGCUUCAAAUGAGAACAUCAAGUCGUCUGACCCACCGUUACUACUUCCAAGACCAACUCUUCCAACCAUUGACUUAAAUGGAAUCAAUGAGGACCCGAUAAGGCGGAAGGAGGUGAUAGAGAAAGUAAAGGAUGCAUUGGAGAGCUGGGGAUUCUUUCAGAUUGUGAAUCAUGGAAUCCCAGAUAGUAUGCUUGAAGAUGUGAAGAAGGGGGUGAUCGGGUUUCAUGAACAAGAUAGCGAGGUGAAGAAAGAGUGGUACAUACGGGAUUUACUAAGUCAGAAGCGUAAGGUGGUUUACAACAGCAAUUUCGAUUUGUAUGCUGCACCAGUUACUAGCUGGAGAGACACUUGUGAAUGUAUGAUGGCUCCUAAUCCUCCUCAACCUGAGGAGUUGCCACUACCUUGCAGAGAAAUAUGGCCAGAGUACUCGAGUUGUGUGUUAAAGCUUGGAGGUUGUCUGUUGGAGUUAAUAUCAGAGGCUCUUGGGCUGCAUCCAACUCACCUUUUGGAAAUGGGGUGUGCUGAAGGGCUUCUUGUUCUUGGCCAUUACUAUCCCUCUUGCCCACAACCUGAGUUAGUAAUAGGCAGCCCCAAUCACACCGACAAUAGUUUCAUCACAGUUCUCCUACAAGACCAUGUCGGUGGCCUCCAAGUGUUUUAUCAGAACCAGUGGACAGAUGUUCCUCACAUCCCCGGAGCUCUGGUGGUAAAUGCUGGCGAUCUACUACAGUUGAUUACAAAUGACAAGUUUGUAAGUUCACAACACAGAGUGUUGGCAAACAAGAUGGCUCCAAGAGUAUCAGUGGCUUCAUUCUUUUCAACAAACAUGAUUCCAACCUCAAAAGUGUUUGAGCCAAUUAAGGAGUUGCUUUCUAAAGAGAACCCAGCCAAGUAUAGGGGCACAACAGUGAACGAAUAUGUAGCUCACUACGCGAAAAAGGGACUUGAUGGCACUUCUGCCCUUUUACAUUUCAAGAUCUAGCUCGCUUCAGGCUGAAUAUCAUGGCUACAAUAUGAAGCUUGUUCUUCUGGUUCUCAUAUACUUUUGUGAACUACUGAGAUGAUAUAUUUAA